AUGCAUUUUGUUAAUCUAAAUUUGAUGUCCGACUUGGACGAUAUUGAUUUACAGCCGGAGGACUUCACCUCCUCAAUCCCUCUCAAGAAAGUCCCAUACGGGGACGUUUUUGAGGCUUCCAGAGCCGGCGACGUAGACCGGCUCAAGUAUUUGUUGGACUCCGGCGUGAAUGUGAACGCCAGGGAUCAAUGGGAUUCGGUGGCACUUUACUAUGCUUGCCUCGCCGGCCAUUUGGAUGCUGCCCGGAUGCUUCUGGAAAGUGGGGCCAUUUGCUCCGAACACACGUUUGAUGGCGACAGGUGUCACUACGCCGCACUUAAUCUGAAAGUGAGGAAGCUUUUGAAAGCCUUUGAAGCUCGUCCGCCUCCUUUGGGAGCUUUGCAGGCGGCUUUAAGGGAUACUUUCCUGGAUUGUUGGAUUAACAAGACUUAUUUGGAGCAAUUGACGAGGGGCGGCCAAGCUGAAAUUCCGGCUUCAGGUUACUUGUCAAAUGGAGGACCUGCUUCCAGUUACUUCCCUGCAGAUGUGGUGCUUUAUGUACAGGGAAGACCCAUUGAAGCUCAUAGAGUCAUCUUGAGUGCUCGUUCCCCUUUCUUUAGGAGCAAAUUUGAGACAGACUGGAAGGGUCGCAAAGAAAUAAGAUUGUCUAGGGAAAAGCUGUCUUUUCCUGCUCUGUUUAGCCUCAUUCACUUUUUUUAUUGUGAUCGGCUUGAGAUCUCCGUGGACGACAUGGAGGAUUUAGUGAGGAUUUGCAGAGUUUGCAAGUGCCAAUCUCUGCAAAAUGUUCUCGAAAAAGAAAUUAUCCAUCAAAAGUAUGCCGAAUAUAAAGCCCUUCGAGAGCUAGACAACUCUCAAAAGCGGUUCAUCUUGCAGGGUAUUUCACUUCCUGAGGGUGAUCGACUUCCUGCAGCACUACGUCAAAUUCUUCAAAUUUCUCUUGCCAAUUCCAGAAGAAUAGAAAAGUCGGACGGUCCUGUUGAUACCCUUUUAUCCCUGGCGAGUUCAAUGCAGAUGGUUAACGUGGGAGACGAUCUUGCUGAUGUUUGUGUGAAAGUUGAAGAUAAAAUCUUUCGGUGCCAUCAAGUUUUGUUAGCAUCGAGAUCAGAAUACUUCAAAGCCAGAUUAUCUCGCAUGGCAGACUUUAAUGAGGGAAGAGAUACUUCACUCGGCAGUAGUCUUCCAUGUCUUGAAGAGCAUGAUUUGAGCUCAGGUGCAUUUGAGAAGAUGGUAGAAUAUAUGUAUACGGAUGGCCUAAAGGAAAUAGACCCCGAUCAGGCAGAAGAGAUGUUUGAUGCAGCAUCAAGAUAUCUUCUAUUUCCACUUAAACGAGCAGUAGCUGACGCGUUGUUGCCACACCUAGAAACGGCUCCUCCAGCCGAGCUGUGUCAUUGGUUGAUGUUAGCUGACAUGUAUGGUGUAUUGAAGAUUAGGGAGUAUUGCCUUGAUACAAUAGCUUUGAACUUUGAAACAUUCGCUGAAACUCCAGAAUUCAGGGCUAUGCUUUUGACACUUCCACCCCCUUCUGGGGAAUCAACACUGCGUACAACGGCUCCUAGCGCACCCGGGGCUGAAUUAACCACGUCUGAAGAAAAUCUUCUUGACGAUUUGCGAGAAAAAUGGCUGGAAGCUGAAGGAGCUGAAUUGGAUGAGAGAGAUGAGAGCGCAUUAAUUUUUGAUAAACGCCUGGAGAUGCUCGUGGUGGUAGCAGAACAAGAGAAGGCCGACAAGGCUGACGGUUCCCUUGAAUGA